UAAUCCGUCGUCUUUCCCGACAACUCCCCAAUUUGUUCAAAGAUGCCUCAGUUCAAGGAUGGCUCCGUUCUUGCCUUCAUCAACUAUGGCUCUGGCACUUGUCUCGACCUGACUGCUAGCGACCCUAAGAGCGGCAACCCCGUCAUCGGCUACAACUACAAUGCAACCAGCAACCAGCACUGGAAGCUCGUCAAGGUGCCCUACAGCGGGGCCAAGGUCUGGCCUGUGUACUUCCUGAUCAACCAGGCCACUGGCACUGCUCUUGAUCUCUACAACGGUGGACAAGAAAAUGGCACCCAGAUCACCGGCUGGGCCAACGGGCCUGCCAGCAAGACCAACCCCCACCAGCUGUGGCGCCUGGUCACCGCUGACGCCAACUCUGACGUCGUCAUGAUCCAGAACAUCGGCACCGGCACUUACGUCGACUUGUACCUUGGCGGCAGCCAGAAUUCGACGAAGAUCACUGGCUGGGCCGGCAACCUUGCCGAGGAGAACACCCACCAGUUGUGGAAGGUCAAGGUUAUCUCCAACUAG